AUGGCCAAUUCGUCUACUGCCCAGCCGUUGUUGAGCUUCAACGCACAGUUUAUUGCUAUAGCUCACACGGUGUGCUCCCUGGCUGCUUUUUUGGCAGCUCUAGGUGUUGGUUAUUGGCUCCAUUUCUACAAGAUCGUCCAGAACGAGCACUAUGGUUACCCCGAUGAGUGGUUCCCCAGCGUGUCUGCCACCAUCGGUGACCGGUAUCCAGAGCGGUCUGUGUUCCAGAUUCUGAUUGCUCUCACGUCUGGGCCGAGAUUUCUGCUGCUUUUCAUCAGCUACAUUGUGUUCUACAGGCAAAACUCGAUCUUUCCGAUCUUGGGCCUUGUCACCGGUCUGAUCAGAACCGUCACCUGCGGAGGAUGGGUCUACAUCACCUCCACUGACGACCACGAUUUCCAUGACAUAUUUAUGAUCUCGUAUAUCGUUCUAACCAUUCCCUGGGACAUGGCUGUCACCAAGCUGUCACCGACCGGGUCCAAGAUCAGGAGAUACAGAAAAUACACGGCAUUUGCCUUUUUCUUCAUGCUUGUGCCGCUCAUCUAUCUUUUCAUCCAGCACAAGGUGCACAAGGUUCCAGGAGCAUACUCGUACUACGCCUACUGUGAGUGGUCGCUGAUUUUCCUGGAUAUCGGAUUCGACGCCUGGUCGAUCUGCGAUUUCAAAGAUCUCACCAUCGAAAUUGUUUCCACGUCCAAAGACGCCACUAUGUUCUCCACCAGCUUCAAAACAUCAACGACCUCUGCCAAAGAGCCAAAAUUGCACGCGAAACCUACUCAGCAAGGCGCAUCCUUAUUCCAGCUCACAGUCGACGUGAUCAACGCUUUUAUUUUUUGGUCCAUGUACUCGUCGCUAUUCUUGUUGAUCUGGUACUUUCCUUUGUGGCACAUGGGAAUCUCGGGCUACGAAACUGCCUGUCUGACUCUGCUGUCUCCUAUUCUUCUCUCGAUCCCGGGAACUUCGAAAUUGGUUGCCACUUAUCCUCAGAUCGUCAAGGCUGUUUCGUGUCUGCUGGGCGUGGGCUCCUACUUGGUCGCUGACCCAGCUUCGAGACUGCUCACUACCGCUGCUGGUAUUGGUCUGGCCACCAUAUCGCUGAGCUGCGACAUCUGGACGCUCGGAAAUCAAAAAGAUACUCUGGCCAUCAAAACUUAUGCUGCCACCUUCGUUCUUGGCCUCAUACUCUCGGCCAUUGCAAAAUUCGCAUUUUGGACCAACAAUCCGAUCUGGCCAAUUAUGAACAAGGACACUGGAGGCUGGAACCUGACUGGUCUGAUUGUGGGUGUGGUCUCUGCACUUUUCACCAAACUACCUAAUGCUGCUCCGCUCUCCGAGAAAGACAUUAAAACUAAAAAACCCUCGUUCGUGCUCACCGCCAUGGGUUUCGGCUCACUGAUAUACUCCAUGAGCGCCAUGCUCACCGACUCUUCCACCAUCAUUCUCUGGAACUGGGAGGGUUAUCCUAUUCGCGGACCUAUUCCUGUUCCCCACGGAGCCAUCACCCUGAUCACCAUGUGUGCAGGUAUUUUCUUUGGACUUUACAAAAAUAAUAGCUACAAGAAAGUCACUUAUGCCGGUGUGCUCGGUGCCAUCGUGCUGUAUGCUUUCAAUGGAUGGCUGGGUUAUAUUGGAGGAAUGGCGUACGCCUUUUGGUUAUGCUACAUAACCCCGCUGUGUUUCCACCAUAUCUCGAAGCAUACGUCUUUGGGUGCCAUUUUCUGCGUCUCUUUCCUCUUCACCGUCAUUCUUUCGCUGAUGCAUGUUUGGGUUGUCGCAUAUGCCUUUGUUCCUGGCGGACCGCUGUUGCGUGAAAGGUCCGACAUUGUUCUUGGGCUGUCUGUCCUGAUGAUUGUCGGGCUGGUGUAUGACUACCAGCCUCUUGAGGUCAACGGCAAACAGCUGCACUCUGUUUUAAGAAAAUUGGCCAAUCACCUGGUGCUGCUGACUCUGCUAUCGUGCUGGAUCGCGUUUGCUCGCUCCCAGUUCGAGAAACCAAAGCCGUACCACCCAAAGUCGAGACUCAUGACAGCAGGUAUCUGGACCAUCCAUUUUGGUCUCGACAACGAUAUGUGGGCGUCUGAGCAUCGCAUGCGCGAUUUGAUCAAGGACCUCGAGCUGGACGUUGUGGGUUUGCUCGAAUCUGACACCCAAAGAAUUAUCAUGGGUAAUAGAGACCUGACUCAGAGAAUCGCAGAGGAGCUCGAGAUGUACGUCGACUUUGGCCCAGGACCAAACAAACACACCUGGGGAGCCGCACUGCUGUCCAAGUUCCCUAUUCUGAACUCCACCCACCACUUGCUCCCGUCACCAGUCGGAGAGCUGGCUCCGGCCAUCCAUGCCACGCUGGACUGCUACGGCGAACUGGUCGACGUGGUGGUGUUCCAUUCCGGACAGGAGGAAGAUGUUGAGGACCGCAGAUUGCAGAGCCUUGCGGUGGCAGACAUCAUGGGUAGCUCGGAGCGGCCAAUGGUUCUGCUGAGCUACCUCGUGACAGAUCCUCUCAAGGGCAACUACAACACCUACGUGAGCGAAAAAUCAGGCAUGUACGACAUCGACCCGACGGACGACGACCGUUGGUGCGAGUACAUUCUAUACAAAAAGAUGAAACGCACAGGCUAUGCCCGAAUCAGCAGGGGCACCAUCACAGACACGGAGGUGCAGGCCGGCAAGUUUGUGAUCCCCGUGAAUGGACACUAUGACGAGACGUACUCACAGAAACGAAUCGAUGAGAAGGAUGUGCCGCCAGAUAUGAGGUUCCCUUCGAUAUUCUACGGCGACGGUGUUCGCGAGCACCGGUUCCAUGUAUUUGAUGAGCCAAGAUAUUUUACAUAG